AUGAGUGCGCCCUCAGAGGCCAGUCCUUCAUGUGUCGAGAAAGAAAUCUGUGUGGGUUACAAUUCCCAAAUCAUUAACUCAGAUGACGUUCAGGUGAACCGACCGCUAACCAUGAAGAAGGAGGGCAUCCAAACGCGAAACCGAAAGUUGUCGUCAAAGGGCAAGAAGAAGAAGGGAAUGAUCGCAAUGCCUGAGUGUAUCAAACCAUUCAACGAUCAUCACAGCAAAGCCUUCGGCGGCUUCGGGCCAACGCACGGACAGCUAUCGUCGGCCAUGAGCUCCAUGUCGGCCAUGUCUGCGGUGAACCACUACAUGCACCACAGCGCCGGCAACAUGAACAUGGGUGGCAUGAAUAUGGGCGGUAUGAACAUGAAUGGUAUGCCCAUCUCGAUGGCCGGCUCGCCGUUUAUGACGACGCCGUCGAUGCAUAUGACGAAUCCGCACCACUCGGGACUGUCCGGUCUGUCGCUGAACACCAGCGGCUCGAUGCUGGGCGCCGGUAGUCUCAAUAGUAUCGAUAGGGGAAUAGAUAGGGCGCUCGAGAGGUUGACAGAUGUGGGGAAUGGGAGGCAUUAG